CUAUUUCUAAUUUUUAGUUUUCAUUUCUCCAAUUUCUCCUUGGAAAUCAGAAGUCAGAACCAGAAUACUGGAACCCCAGAACCCACAUUCGCUUACCUUCACCCUUCAGGGCUCAGCCGCUUAGCCUUUAUCUUCAUCAGUUUGACUUCUCACAAACGGCAAAUCUCAGCCCAGCAGUCGCCGCACCAGCUGACUGACCAGCACGGUAGCCUGCAUCACCACUACCACUACUCCAUUUAUUCCGGCGAGGCCCAAGGAUUUGCCCCACUUUCUAUACCCUGCUCCUGAUGAUUCGCAAACGAUAUCAGGAUCCUAAAACAGUUCUUCAAUGGCUUAAAUCUAUUGACACCGAGAACUACCUGAAGAAAGUCGGAUUGGGUAAAGAAGACCACUACUUCUGGAAGCAAAUAGGCAAGGCUCUGUUGUGCACUUAUACGCUAUUUGGGGUAGCGUGGCUGUACAACGAAACAUCGCCGCUUGGCUGGUGGACCUUGAAACCACGGCCCAAAGAAGAGAGAGAAAUGGCACACCUUUAUGAGCGUGUCCAGUAUCCGUACCCAGGUGACAAAGAAGCCAUGGACGAGUUCAUAGCCAAGGGAGGCAUGAUUGGCACCACCAUCAGUCCCAAAGGAUUCAUCGUGUCCAAUAAAGAUUCAAGCAGUUAUCAGAAGGAGUUGCAGGACAAGAAGUUCGAACAAGAGUCUCAAAAGCUGUGGAUGAGGAUGAGAAAUGAAGUCAUUUCGGAGCUUCAUGAGAAGGGAUUUGAUGUGGAAUGAAUGGUGUUGAAUUAACAAUAGAUUAUAGAGAAUAUUGCUAGAAGGAAAAAAUAAAAGACAGAAAUGGCUUUGAUUUAUAUAUAUAUAUUUGUAUUUGUGAGUUGGGAUAUAUUUUCAUGUGAACAUAAAUUUUUGAAUCCCUGAAAGCAGCCACAUUUUAUUUAGUUCAUAUUGAAACA